AUUCCUUUUAUCCUUCCACAGGUCCUACCUCCAUCUAUUACCGCAACCACAACCCAGGUUUGCUCUCUUUCGAAAUUCGCCCCUCUCUUCUCCAUGGCAGACGACACCAAACAGAAUCGUAUCAAAAGGCUUAAAACCGCUCGAGCUUGCGACCAAUGUAGGCGUGGUCGUUCACGUUGCGAUAUUGCAGCUCUACCCGCCAGCAGCCCCGAGAACAGCAAUUGCCAGAGGUGUAUGGAACAUGGCUUCGAGUGCACAUCUGUAUUGUCUAUUAAAGAGACUAGAGGGAAGAGGACCACGGCUCAAAAACAGGAUUUAAACUCGCCUACCCGGGAAUCCCCUACCACCGAAGCUAGGCAAGUAGAAUAA